AUGGCGCGCGAAGGGGAGCCCUUACACCGGUCUCUGAUCAGAGACACUACAGCAUACUUAUCCUAUAUCUUACUAGUUGUUGCUCUUGGGCCCCUUCAGUUCGGCUUCCAUCUGGCCGAGCUCAAUGCUCCUCAGAAUGUCAUCACCUGCGAAAAGAAGAGCAUCAACAGCGCCGCCCUACAUCCCGAGCUCCCUCAAUGUAUCCCUAUGAACACUGAUCAAUUCGCCGUCGUCUCUUCGAUCUAUACCCUCGGCGGACUUCUCGGAGCUCUCGCCGCGGGCCCAUUGUGCAACAAAUUUGGACGACUGCUCACCAUGCGCCUUACAACGAUCUUCUUCGUCAUAGGCCCUGUAUUCGAGAGUGCUGCUCCUAGCAUUAGUCUCCUAGCCUUUGGAAGAGUACUCUCCGGAGUUGCAUCAGGCUCAGCAGUCGUCGUCGUGCCAAUCUACAUCUCGGAGGUUGCACCGCCAAAAGAGAAGGGGUUGUUUGGAGCUUUGACGCAGAUAAUGGUUAAUAUGGGCAUCGUGAUUGCGCAAGUCUUGGGGUACUUCUUAAGCAAGGACGGUCUAUGGAGAAUCAUUCUGGCCGUCGCCGGGGGCAUCGGGCUCUUCCAAUUGCUUGCGUUGUCACUGGUCCCGGAAAGUCCAAAGUGGCUGGCUGAGAACAGGAAUCCGCAGCAUGCGCGGCAUAUCUUGCGAAAAAUGAGAGGGCAAAAAGCGGACCUGGAUGAGGAAGUCAAGGCAUGGAAUAUUGACAGCAGUCGAGAAGAUAUCGCGGAAGAGGAAUCGCUGCUCAGCGCGCCGGCUGGCUCACAUCCUUCUCAAAAUCCUGACGCUGCCUCAGAGACAGUUGGCAUCUUCAGUGCUUUCAUGCACCCGAGCUACCGGCCGGCCAUCAUCGCAGUCGUUGCCGUAAUGGUCACGCAGCAGCUGACAGGUAUCAACAGUAUCGUCAUGUACUCCGUCAGCCUACUAUCCGCCCUUUUACCCACGAAGGCCGCCCUGCUCACAGUUGCCAUCUCCGCAUUGAAUCUCGUCAUCACCACUCUCUGCGCGCCUCUUUCUGACAAGAUUGGGCGCAAGACCUGUAUCCUUCUGAGUAUAGCUGGUAUGGGUACCAGCUCUAUCUUGCUAGCGAUUGGUAUUGGCGAAGGCGUCAAGAUACUCGCCGCCAUCGCCACGCUCCUUUUUGUAGCCUCCUUCGCCGUAGGCUUGGGGCCAGUCCCUUUCAUACUCGCCAACGAGCUUGUGGGCCCGGAAGCAGUGGGCGCAACCCAGAGUUGGGCUCUGGCAGCAAAUUGGCUAGCUACAUUCAUCGUCUCGCAAUUCUUUCCAAUCCUGAACAAGGCUAUGGGCGAGAAAGGACGAAUCUACUAUGUAUUUGCAGGGCUGGCCUUGGUGCUGGGUGCUUUCAUUGCCUGGUGGGUACCAGAAACCAAGGGAAAGAGUGGAGCAGAUGAAGUUUGGGGAAAAAAAGAAGCUCGGCAACGGGUCGAAUGA